AUGGAAAUUACGCGCGUGGGGGGUACGUCGAGGAAUUGGGUGUUCUCACGGUGUUGGGACACCUGCCUCCUCCCAUCACCUCUAAAUUUGUUGUCUCGAUCCCCAGCAAUAGGCCUAGGAUGGGAACUCUCCUUACGCGAUGGUGGCGAUAACUUGGGAACAGCAGUCUCGCUUCCCCAAGCAAGACGAAUGUUAAACGUCAGUCUGAUUGGAUGUGCAGGGGUUUCCAAGUCAUCUUUACGGCUGAGAAGAAGAUGA